UCGGUGAGGAACGCCCUAAAGCGGAGGCGAGCUGCACUGCGCCAGCGCCGGCCAGCCGUGCGAGCGAGCAAGGGAGCGAGCGCCCGGGACGGAGGAGGGAGCGAGCGCCCGGGACAGAGGAGCGAGCGGGCGGGCGAGGCGCGGGCGAGGCUGGGACCUAAGCGCGCUCUCUGCUCCGCCAAGUGCCAACUUCGCGCAGACUGGCUGGGCGCGCACCUUCCCGCGGGGCGGUCAGCGGGAAUUUGAGAUUUUAGGGUUGCGCUCUGUCCCCUUCCACUGGGUUCAAAAAUCCCCAUUAAAAAGCAAAACAACAGUUACAGCAAACUUGCUCUCAUCCCGCCGGCCCCCUCAACUCCGGGCACCAUGAAGGCGGCCGUCGAUCUCAAGCCGACUCUCACCAUCAUCAAGACAGAAAAAGUGGAUCUCGAGCUUUACCCUUCCCCGGACAUGGAAUGUGCAGAUGUCCCGCUGUUAACUCCGAGCAGCAAAGAGAUGAUGUCCCAAGCAUUGAAAGCUACUUUCAGUGGUUUCACAAAAGAACAGCAACGACUGGGAAUCCCCAAAGACCCCCGGCAGUGGACAGAAACCCAUGUCCGGGAUUGGGUGAUGUGGGCUGUGAAUGAGUUCAGCCUGAAGGGUGUGGACUUCCAGAAGUUCUGUAUGAGUGGAGCAGCACUGUGUGCCCUGGGUAAAGAAUGCUUCCUCGAGCUGGCUCCAGACUUUGUUGGGGAUAUCCUGUGGGAGCAUCUAGAGAUCCUGCAGAAAGAGGAUGUGAAACCAUAUCAGGUUAAUGGAGCCAACCCUACCUACCCAGAAUCCUGUUACACCUCGGAUUACUUCAUCAGCUAUGGUAUCGAGCAUGCUCAGUGUGUUCCUCCCUCAGAGUUCUCAGAGCCCAGCUUCAUCACAGAGUCCUAUCAGACGCUGCAUCCCAUCAGCUCGGAAGAACUCCUGUCCCUCAAGUAUGAGAACGACUACCCUUCUGUCAUUCUCCAGGACCCUCUCCAGACAGACACCUUGCAGACAGACUACUUUGCCAUCAAGCAAGAGGUGUUAACUCCAGACAACAUGUGCCUGGGGAGAGCCAGUCGUGGUAAACUCGGGGGCCAGGACUCUUUUGAGAGCGUAGAGAGCUACGAUAGUUGUGACCGCCUCACCCAGUCCUGGAGCAGCCAGUCAUCCUUCAACAGCCUGCAGCGGGUCCCCUCCUAUGACAGCUUCGACUACGAGGAUUAUCCCGCUGCCCUGCCCAACCACAAGCCCAAGGGCACCUUCAAGGACUAUGUGCGUGACCGUGCUGACCUCAACAAGGACAAGCCUGUCAUUCCUGCUGCUGCCCUGGCUGGCUACACAGGAAGUGGGCCGAUCCAGCUGUGGCAGUUUCUUCUGGAAUUACUCACUGAUAAGUCUUGUCAGUCUUUUAUCAGCUGGACAGGAGAUGGCUGGGAAUUCAAGCUUUCUGACCCAGAUGAGGUGGCCAGGAGAUGGGGAAAGAGGAAAAACAAACCUAAGAUGAAUUAUGAGAAACUGAGCCGUGGCCUUCGCUACUAUUAUGACAAAAAUAUCAUCCACAAGACAGCGGGUAAACGCUACGUAUACCGCUUUGUGUGCGACCUGCAGAGCCUGCUGGGAUACACCCCUGAGGAGCUGCACGCCAUGCUGGACGUAAAGCCGGAUGCUGACUAGUAAUGGACAGACACGCAGAAGGAAGGGGCUGGGGGAACCCUGCUGAGACCUUUCAAAGAGCAACCUUGUUGGUUGGACUCUUCAUUUUUAAUUGUUAUUCAAUGUUUUAUUUUCCAGAACUCAUUUUUCACAUUCAGGGGUGGGAGCUGAGGGAGCGCCGCUGUAUUCCAUUGGCCAUUGGCGGGCCCUGAAAGAGGAGGUCAGGACCUGCGGGGUGGGCGGGGCAAUAGCUCCUGAGCAGACUUUCAGGAGGGAGAAGUCUUCUCAGAAGCCUGCCGGACCUGGCUUGCAGAGGAAAAAAAAAAAAAAGCUUAAGUGUCCGGUCAUUUUCUAUUUUUUUUUUUUAAUCAAAGAAAAAAAAAAUUUCAUCUUGAGUUGUGGAUCUACCAGUAGGAGAAAUGGUCGCAUUGAGAGGAAAGCGAUUGAUGAAAGCCAGUCAGUUUUGUGGGUGGGCUGAAAACAGUUUCUUCAGGGGAUUACUAAACUCAAGAAUUAUUAACCUUUCUACUUUUUGAAACAAGGAUGGACUUUGAUGGAAGGGAUCCAAAACUGUUUUAUGUUGAAGUUUAUUUUAUUAAAUUUUGUGCCAGUAUUUUUUUUCCUUAAAAAAAAAAUAUCGUCUUAAGCUCUAAGGUGGUCUCAGUAUUGCAGUAUUGUGAGUUUGUUGUUAUUUGCUGGCUGAGGACUCUUGUCACAGUGAAAGACAACUGUUUAUAUAGACCCCAUUGGAAAAAUCCCAGCUCUGUACUGAGAUCAGAGACCCCAGACUCUUACAGCUAAAGGAAACGAAUGCUGAUUUGGGGACAGGGGGGACUGUGCGUGUGACUUCCACCUGCGGUUUGUAAAAACUGUUUUCCUUUGAUUCACUGUCAGGCUUUGGACUUAGUGUUAGUUAAGGGGCGUUAAGUCUCUGCACUGAAUGUAUUCUGCAGCUCUUCUAUGGAAUCGUCGGCAUCAUCGGAGCACAGUUCAAGUCUUGGGAAGGAAAUCCAAGGAGCAGGAUUAACCUGGGUUUUGGUUAAACCGCUACCCGAAACAUGGAAGACUCAGAAUAAAAGGCGUUUGCAUGGGCAUUACCCCGAGGGUCUUAAGGCCUCAAUGCAUGCCAUUCCAAACCAACAUUCUCAGUUCUCCUCUACUUUGUCUUAUGUUCCCUGGCAUCCCUCAUUGCUGCCCCUCUCUCAUCACUGAUCAGUGAAAGUGGAGUAUAAUGCUUCCUGACACGUGACUGAAAGUGUAGUUUCAGCCAGCACAACACAAAUCCAAGAGUCCAGACUUGCUAGGGCUCGGAGGCCACAGCAAUGGAGAGGGUAUUUCAGUAGCAUGUGACUCGGCCUCCUUGAGAAGAGGCUUGCCUUUGAAGACUUGGUGCUCGUCAGGGUGAGGUUGCUUGCGAGGACGUGGUAGGGAGCACUGGCACUUGGCCUGUUACCAUCUCAGCAGAGGGCAAACCCAGGUCAACUGCAGGUGAGAGGAAGAUGGAGAAAAUACAAGGGAAGGAGCUUAGGUGAGGAAAAUGAGGUUGGCCCGAGACAGUUAGAUAUAUGUUUAGUUUCCUCCAAGUUUAAACUCAAAGACUUAAUUGAGGCAGCCAUCAUCCUGCCUGUUGGGAGAGGAGACCUGAAAAUAAGCCAUUGUGGGUUAAAAAAAAAAAAGUAAGGAGACAUGCCUGGGAUCAUUAAAAUCCCUUCCACUGUAUACCUGCCUAGUUAAGACAGUGACAGUGAACAUCGAUGAGAGAAGAGAGGCAAUUGGUUGAGGUGGGCCUCUCCUGGCUCACCCUUCGGGGAUUGUAACUAUGUGGUAUCAUCUUCCAUGAGAGUUGAUGGCUGACUCCCACAUUCCCCUGAAGACUCUGAAUUACUAAGACUUUAACUCUUGUCCGUGGGUGUUCUGUACUGACUGAGUGGAGCAUCCCCACAAGGAAGCAAAGGCCAAACAUUCCAGCUAUAUAUUUUGAUCUUACAAAUGCAGGUGCCUUAAUGAAGCUCUCAAAAUACUUAGGAGCUGCUCAGGGAGUGUUAGGUGGGAUCAUUUGGAUUAUGCUGUUUUCUCUUAUAUUAUGUGAUCUUUGUUGGGCACUGACAGUGUGAGUGUGUGAGUGUGUGUGUGUGUGUGUGUGUGUACAUUUGUAUAAAAUUGCAGCUGAAAUAGUACUGAAUUUUCUACUUAGAGUCUGUUCACAUUUCCAUAAUGGUGAAUGAAAGCGUACAGCCGGGGCUGUUAUCGUUGUUUGCUCUUUGCAACAAGGCUUAAAAAAAAAUCACUUCCCCAAGUCUUCAUCCUUCUCCAUAUUGAGUUCCUGCUGGGAAUGCCCCUUUUGAGAGCCUACCACCUGCAGUCCCCUAGCAGAGAAGACAUAAGUAAGUGUCUCCCACACUCCUCAGCGUGCUGACUUGCCUGCCUUGAUGCCCUUUCUACCUAGGUCCACCACUUUCAGGAUUUGUAGAUUGUAUAUUAGUCAGACAGCUUUGUUGUCCAUCUGGCCAUUUGCUUUCCCCCAUUUCCUCCGAAGGCCAGAGACCAUCCCAGGAAGAGUGGCGGGUGGUUUAUACACUGGAAAUGUAGCCGCACUGCUGCAUUGAUGCUCUUUUAAAACACGUUCACUUCAGAGGAAGGAUGAGCAGAUCUGAUCUAGCUGGGCCACUCCAUUAUUUUCCCAGAGAAAUGCUUUCACCUGUGUGGCUGGCUUUGGGCUCAGAGGCGGGGGUAAGGAUGCUCCCUGUGGAGAGCUCUGAUGGUGUGGCCAUGGAGACCUUGUAAGCAUUCAGGAUCAGAGAUGCUCUUCCUCACUUUGGAGACCAGCACUCUGGGUUUUAAAGCAUUAACCUUCAUGGUGAAAUCACACCUUCUCUCUCCUAGCCAUGCUGUGCAUGCGGCCUUCUCUGUUGGGGUCUAUAUAAACCUGUUGAACUCUUACGUACAUUCCAAAGACGUUUCAAGGAACCACAAGUAUAUGUAUACAAAUACAUAUAUGAAGUAUAUAUGUUAAAGUGAAUUUAUCUCUAUCAGGAAUACUGCCUCAGUUAUUGAAUUUUUUUUAAGGAUACUUUUUUUUUUAAAGCUGAGAAUUAUUGAGGUGAAAAAGAUGUUAUAUUGUGUUUGACUUUUUCCAACUUGUAUUUUCAUAUAAUUUAUAUUUUUUAAAUGCUGAAAAUUUAAAAGCAAGAUUUAAAAAGGAAAAGCAGGUGCUUUUUAAAAAUCAGAACUGAGGUAGCUUAGAGAUGUAGCGAUGUAAGUGUCUUAAAUGUUUUUGUUUUGUUUUUUUUUUAAAAGCAAAUGCAAAAAAUUCUUAUGGGGGAGUUUUUGGUUUGUUUCUUUUAAGUAGCUGAUGCUGGCACAUCAUUUUGCUGGAAAGUUUUUUAUAUACUGUAGGCUGAUUUCAUAUUGUAUUUUAAACUGUGUGAAAUUAAAGAAACAAAGAAAUUCAUUCAUAA